AGCAGUUAGCUUGGCAACUGGCGCGAAAGAAGAGCAGCGGGAACACCGAAGGCGUGUCCGUGUGUGCGCUGUGCGCGUGCGCCUGGAGAAGCAGGCCUGGGAAACAUGGAAUACUGUCUGGCGGCCGCGGCGCUGAAUGGGAUGGAUCGGCGCUCGCUACAGCGCUCUGCUCGGCUGGGGAGGGAAGUAUUGGAGCGCGCCAAGAGGAGGGCAGUGGACUGGCAUUCUCCAGAGCGAUCCAGAGGCAGCGUGGGGGUCCUUUACCGCCAGGGCCCCUACCAGGAACGAUGGUCGGUCCCGGGUUCCCAGCGCCUCCUAGGAGAGAGAGAAGAAAGGCACCCAACCCUUAGUGCUUCCUUCAGAACAAUGGCUGAAUUCAUGGACUAUACUUCAAGUCAAUGUGGGAAAUACUACUCAUCUAUGCCAGAGGAUGGAGGGACAACCCACGUCUACCGUUAUCACAGAAAAAAGCCUCCAGAAAUGCACGUGUCCUCAGACACAGGGCACAGUCAAGAACAAAGAAACUGCAGAGAAGAGACAUCUGUUGGUCCAGGAAGCAUCUACCAAACAUCAGAGCAUUCUCAAGAGUCAUCUUGGCCUACUGAGAACAACUCUAAGGACCUCUACAUAGAAGUCUAUCCAGGCACCUAUUCUGUCACUGUGGGCUCCAAUGCCUUAACUAAGAAGACGCAUGUGGUUGCAGUUGACUCAGGGCAAAGUGUGGACUUGGUCUUCCGCGUAUGAUGUUGACCAUCACUGCCGUCAUUUCACUCUUUAAGUAGCAAGAAGAAUAAAACCACCCUAUAACUGUCUUAAUAA